CGUUGGCGAAUAGUUUGUUUCCUUCUUGAAUAAUUGGCCUACAUUUCUUCCGACCAGCUAGAAAAAAAAGCGGGUGACAUUGAUAUAGUGGCAAUGAAAGCCAGUAACUAUUUAAUGGAGGCCGCCCAUUCUUUCCGUAUCUACCUCAAGAAUCACUGCGCAGUCCGAAAGCCUAAAAAAGGCGAAGCGCCCAAACCGGAGCGGAAGCCGAAUAAGGCGGUGAUAUGGGUCGCUAAGGAGUACCCGAAGUGGCAACAUAUGAUUUUGAGUACUCUCAAGGAGUUAAAUGGGCUUGACGCAAUCGAAGUCAAACAUACAGACAGUCCUGAUACUCCAGAAAAAACGAUAGAAGACUGUGCGCCUGGUAGUCCACAUGUCAACGUUAUUGCGGUACCUGGACUUAAGUGA